CGGAGACUUCCGGGGCCAGGGUCCCCGCCGAGGGCGGAACAAACUUCAUCAGAUAAUUCUCACUGCAGGAUGAACUAAGGGAAGAAGACACCUACUCACUAGGCAUGGAGAACAGUUUGCCAGUUUCCAGCAUGCAGAACCCUUCAUCUUCCCCCCCAGAAAAGCACGUUGGCUCAGCUAACGGCAACGGAGACCUUGAUUCAGAAGAAGGUUCAAGCUUGGAGGAAAUCGGCUUUAACUGGGGAGAGUAUCUGGAAGAGACAGGUGCUCGGGCAGCUCCUCACACAUCCUUCAAGCAUGUUGAAAUCAGCAUUCAGAGCAACUUCCAGCCGGGAAUGAAAUUGGAGGUGGCUAAUAAGAGCAACCCGGACACCUACUGGGUGGCCACGAUCAUCACCACCUGCGGGCAGCUGCUGCUUCUGCGCUACUGUGGUUAUGGGGAGGACCGCAGGGCUGACUUCUGGUGUGAUGUGGUCAUAGCGGAUCUGCACCCCGUAGGGUGGUGCACCCAGAACAACAAGGUGUUGAUGCCCCCAGAUGCAAUCAAAGAGAAGUAUGCAGACUGGACCGAAUUCCUCAUACAUGAUUUGACUGGUUCGCGGACAGCACCUGCCAACCUGCUGGAAGGUCCUCUGCGAGGGAAAGGCCCUAUAGACCUCAUUACAGUUGAUUCCUUAAUAGAACUUCAGGAUUCUCAGAACCCUUUUCAGUACUGGAUAGUUAGUGUGAUUGAAAAUGUUGGAGGAAGAUUACGCCUUCGCUAUGUGGGAUUGGAGGACACUGAAUCCUAUGACCAGUGGUUGUUUUACUUGGAUUACAGACUUCGACCAGUUGGUUGGUGUCAAGAGAAUAAAUACAGAAUGGACCCACCUUCAGAAAUCUAUCCUUUGAAGAUGACCUCUGAGUGGAAAUGUGCUCUGGAAAAAUCCCUUAUUGUUGCUGCAGAGUUUCCUCUUCCAAUGGAAGUGUUUAAGGAUCACGCAGACUUGCGAAGCCAUUUCUUCACAGUUGGGAUGAAGCUAGAGACAGUGAAUAUGAGUGAGCCCUUUCAUAUCUGUCCUGCAUCAGUGACUAAGGUUUUUAACAAUCAUUUUUUUCAAGUGACUAUUGAUGACCUAAGACCAGAACCUAGUAAAUUCUCAAUGCUGUGCCAUGCGGAUUCUUUGGGGAUUUUGCCAGUACAAUGGUGCCUUAAAAAUGGAGUCAACCUCACUCCUCCCAAAGGUUACUCCGGCCAGGACUUUGACUGGGCGGAUUAUCACAAGCAGCAUGGGGCGGAAGAAGCACCUCCCUUCUGCUUUAGAAACACGUCCUUCAGUAGGGGUUUCACAAAGAACAUGAAACUGGAAGCCGUGAACCCCCGGAAUCCAGGAGAACUCUGUGUGGCCUCUGUGGUCAGCGUGAAGGGGCGGUUGAUGUGGCUUCAUCUGGAAGGUCUGCAGACUCCAGUGCCAGAGGUCAUUGUUGAUGUGGAAUCCAUGGAUAUCUUCCCAGUGGGCUGGUGUGAAGCUAAUUCUUACCCUUUGACAACACCACACAAAACAGUCUCCCAAAAGAAGAGAAAGAUUGCAGUUGUGCAGCCAGAAAAACAAUCGCCAUCCACAGUGCCUGUUGAGAAAAUACCUCAUGACCUUUGCUUAUUCCCUCACCUGGACUCCACAGGAACCGUCAAUGGGAAGUACUGCUGCCCGCAGCUGUUCAUCAACCACCGGUGUUUCUCAGGCCCCUACCUGAACAAAGGCAGGAUCGCGGAGCUACCUCAGUCGGUGGGGCCCGGCAAAUGUGUGCUGGUUCUUAAAGAGGUUCUUAGCAUGAUAAUCAACGCAGCCUACAAGCCUGGAAGGGUGUUAAGAGAAUUGCAACUGGUGGAAGAUCCACACUGGAAUUUCCAGGAGGAGACGCUGAAAGCAAAGUACAGAGGUAAAACUUACAGGGCUGUGGUUAAGAUCGUACGAACAUCUGACCAAGUAGCAAAUUUCUGCCGACGAGUUUGUGCCAAGCUAGAAUGCUGUCCAAAUCUGUUUAGUCCUGUGCUGAUUUCUGGAAACUGCCCAGAGAACUGUUCCAUUCAUACCAAAACCAAAUACACCUAUUAUUAUGGAAAGAGAAGGAAGAUCAUUAAGCCCCCAAUUGGGGAAAGCAGCAUUGAGAGUGGACACCCAAAACCAGCCCGAAGAAGGAAACGACGAAAAUCCAUUUUUGUGCAGAAGAAGCGGAGAUCUUCGGCUGUGGACCUAACUGCGGGCUCUGGGGAGGAAAGUGAAGAGGAGGACGCAGACCAGCUGGAUGAAGACACUGCAAGUGAGGAGACCGGCUCGGAGCUCCGAGACGACCAGACCGACACCUCGUCGGCCGAGGUCCCCUCGACGCGGCCACGGAGGGCGGUCACCCUGCGCAGUGGCCCAGAGCCUGCACGGCGGCCAGUGGAGAGGGCACGCAGGAGCCGCGUGGUGCAGGCCACCCCUGCAGAGGAGGAGGACAAGGGUCCUGUCGCCAAGACUGAGGGCCCUGAGGAAACCAAACAGGAGGAGGAGGGAAGGCUCGUCCUGGAGAGCAACCCGUUGGAGUGGACAGUCACCGACGUGGUGAGGUUCAUUAAGCUGACCGACUGUGCUCCCUUGGCCAAGAUCUUUCAGGAACAGGACAUUGACGGCCAAGCACUCCUCCUGCUGACUCUCCCUACAGUGCAGGAGUGCAUGGAGCUGAAGCUGGGACCCGCCAUCAAAUUAUGCCAUCAGAUCGAGAGAGUGAAAGUGGCUUUCUACGCCCAGUAUGCCAACUGA